AUGUCGACUCCGGCUCCCCUUUUGAAAAUACCAACUCCGGGUAGCAACCGGAAACAACCACCUCGUCUCACCCUCGGGAUCCCACCUUCGCCCACACCACCCCAACUGAGAUUAGCCACUCCUAUGGGGAGUAAAGCUACUCCUCAAGAGGCAGGUCCGCUGAACAGUGCACGGCCAUCCAUCCAGGCUUUUGGAUCCUCGUCCGCAAUCACAAGUAACAGUGACCACAGCAACCAUUCGAGAUCGGGAAGCUUCACCACAUACGACGGCAGGAACAGUGGGCCCACAUCAGCUACAUCUUCGAACUACUCCACACUAUCUUUUGCUAUUGGCUUGAGACAACCCCCUGGCGGAACCCCGGAUCCGACUUCCGCUAUUAGUUCCGUGUAUUCCGAUCGAGGGGAUGGCGGUUUAACUAUGGAAAGGGAUAACAACAUGAAUGGUUUGUUGCCGGAUUUGGAGAAACUGAGUUUGGAAAAGGGACGGCCGUUGGACGUAGAGGAUUUGGAUGAUGAAGGUUGGCUGGCCGCUAGCUCACAGAAAAAGAUUAUUGAACUUGAUAGCCUUGGUGAAGGGGCUGGUGGUGCCGUUACCCGUUGCAUGUUAAAAGGAGGGAAAACGGUAUUUGCUCUAAAGAUUAUCACCACAGAUCCUAACCCAGACGUCAAGAAACAGAUUGUCCGAGAGCUCAAUUUCAAUAAAGAUUGUGCAUCGGAGCAUAUCUGCCGAUAUUAUGGUGCGUUCAUGGACAAGUCGACCAGCACCAUAUCAAUUGCCAUGGAAUUUUGCGAAGGAGGCAGCCUUGAUAGCGUCUAUAGGGAAGUGAAGAAGCUCGGAGGACGGACGGGAGAGAAGGUCUUGGGCAAGGUAGCGGAAGGCGUAUUAAAUGGUCUAACCUACCUACAUGGACGGAAAAUUAUCCAUCGAGAUAUCAAACCUUCAAACAUCCUCCUGUGUCGCAAUGGCCAAGUCAAACUUUGUGAUUUUGGUGUCAGUGGUGAAUUCGGCACAAAGGGAGAUGCAAACACUUUUAUUGGCACCUCCUACUAUAUGGCCCCUGAAAGAAUAACAGGCCAAUCUUACACAAUCACAUCUGAUGUUUGGUCUCUUGGAGUCACACUUUUGGAAGUAGCGCAACACCGUUUCCCGUUCCCUGCAGACGGAACGGAAAUGAACCCGCGAGCAGGGCUGAUAGACCUCCUAACCUAUAUUGUACGCCAGCCGAUUCCCCAGUUAAAGGACGAGCCUGAAAAUGGCAUAAAAUGGAGUGAAAACUUCAAAUACUUUAUUGAGUGCUGUUUGGAAAAGGAGCCACCGAGAAGGGCAACGCCCUGGCGAAUGUCUGAACAUCCGUGGAUGCUUGAAAUGAAGACUAAGAAGGUCAAUAUAGCACACUUCUUGAAGCAAGUGUGGGGCUGGCAGGAUUGA